AUGAAAAGUACAAAACCAUUCAAAGAUAAAACUCUCUCUUUCACCAAGAGUUUUCUUCCUUUUACUCUCUAUACUCUGCCACCUAUAGCUCUUCUUUGUUUAUACUUUGACCCUCUCCCCUUUACUCUGCUUUCCCAUUAUUCUAGCCCCUUCACCAACCAAUCUUCUCUUUCUGCUUCUACGUCUACAGAAAAUGAAAAAUCUUAUGAGAAACCAUGUGACUACUCCAAAGGCAAAUGGGUCAGUGACAAGAGAUGCCCUUUAUAUAAUGGUACCACCUGUGGUAAGAUUAAGAAAAGCCAGAAUUGUAUUUCCAAUGGUAGGCCUGAUUUGGGCUAUAUAUACUGGAGAUGGAAACCAAGUGAGUGCAAUCUUCCAAGGUUUGAACCUAACACUUUUCUCCAACUCAUCAAGAAUAGGCAUAUAGCAUUUGUUGGGGACUCUUUAGCUAGGAACCAAUUAGAGUCCCUUUUUUGCUUGUUAGCCACUGCUUCAAAACCUAAAAGUGUCCACCAUAAAGGUUCUCGUAGGUGGCACUUUCCUUCUCACAAUGCAAACUUGUCCUUCUAUUGGUCCCCAUUUCUUGUGCGAGGUGUUCAAAGAUCUGACACUACAGGGCCAUAUUAUAAUACAAUGUAUUUGGAUCAUGUUAAUGAGAGGUGGGCUAGGGAUAUUGAUCAAAUGGACUUAAUUGUGCUGUCUUUUGGGCAUUGGUUUUUGCUUCCUUCAGUUUACUAUGAGGGUGAUUCAGUUUUAGGUAGCCUAAACUGCCCUGGUCUUAAUUACACUGAGAUUGGUUUUUAUGGUCCAUUAAGAAAGGCUUUAAGGACUACUCUUAAUAGCAUAAUUGAGAGGAAAGCAGGUAAAGGAAAUGGAAUUGAUGUGAUUGUGAGAACAUUUUCGCCGUCUCAUUUUGAAGGUGAUUGGGAUAAGGGUGGUACUUGUUCCGAGAAUAAGCCUUAUACAAAUGAGGAGAAGAACCUUGAAGGAAUGGAUGCUGAGAUCAGAAGUAUUGAGAUAGAAGAAGUGGAAAAUGCUAAGGCAAAAGCCAAUGAAUUUAAAGGGUUUAGACUAGAGGUACUGGAUGUAACAAAAUUAGCAUUAUUGAGACCAGAUGGCCAUCCGGGUGCUUAUAUGAAUCCUUUUCCAUUUGCUAAUGGGAUUCAAGAGCGUGUACAGAAUGAUUGUGUUCAUUGGUGCUUGCCAGGGCCUAUAGACACAUGGAAUGAGAUUUUUCUUGAGAUCCUGAAGAGGUUGGAGGAAUGGAGGAAUAGCCAAGGAGUGCAGAUUGAGGAUUCAUCAUGUGUUGUUAAUUCAUUGCAUUAA